AUGCCAUCCGACCUCCAAGACGAUCUGUCCGCCGAGUACGACUUCGCCGACUAUGCCAACUGGUCACUGGAGAAUUGGCGGGAGUCGUCAGGCUACGAUGACCAAGGCAGUUCCGAGUGGUGCGAAGCGGGCGAGCAGGAAGCUGCCAUCAAGGUUUUCCAGUCGUGUCUCUUCGCCGCUAUCUUCCUGUUCGGCGUGGCGGGAAACGGUUUGGUGAUGGCGACCUUUGCGGCGAACCGUUGCCGCGGCCCGCGCUCGGUGACGGACGUGUUCCUGUUCCAGUUGGCGCUGGCGGACUUCCUGCUGCUUCUCACCUUGCCCCUGCAGGCGGCUGACACUAACACCGGUUGGAUUUUUUCCGCGCCUGUUUGUAAAGUCACGCGCGCCGUCUAUGCUGUCAACACGUAUGGCGGCCUUCUGCUGCUAGCAUGCAUCAGCGUGGACCGCUACCUGGCCGUGGUGUCGAGCAGGGCACGCCGCAAGUUUGCGCGGCUGGCGACGGCGGCGGUAUGGUUGACGGCGCUUCUCCUCAGCCUGCCCGAGCUCCUCUUCUCCGGCGUUUCGGGUUCCGGGCGCGAUGCCUACUGUGGCACGCUAGCCGGGGCCGCAGUCAAAACGGCCACGAACGCCGCCGCCGUCGCAGUCUUCGCUUUGUCCUUCCUGCUGAUGGCUGCGUGCUACUUGGCGAUCGCUCGCAUCUUGCGGGCGGGGAGCGAGACGUGGCUCCGCCGCCGGCACACCUUAAAACUGAUGAUGGCGCUGGUUCUGCUCUUCUUGCUCUUUCAGCUGCCUCACAGCGUGGUCGUGUCCCUGAAGAUGGCCAGGCCGCUUUGCGCCCCGGUGCCAGAGUACGUCACUUGCACCUUGGCGUUCGCCCGCUGCUGCCUCAAUCCCGUCAUGUACGCCCUGGUGGGCGGACGCUUCCGCAGUGAGGCACUGAAGCUCCUACGGGGGCACCGGACAGGCCUUCGGGCCUCGGUCUCUACACCCACAAAAGAAGCUGUCUGA